AUGAAUCAUCGAGUUGUUAGAUUACUAGCUAAUGGUCAAGGAGAUUCUGUGAUUAUAGCGGGGAAUGAAAACGGACAACUUGGAUCAUCGUUAUCGGAAUUAUAUUAUCCUAUGGGAAUAUAUUUGGAUGAACGAAACGACGAUCUUUACAUAGCUGAUUCUUGGAACUAUAGAAUAGUUUGCUAUUCAAUUCGGAAUGCACAAAAAUCGGGGCGAAUUGUUGCCGGAGGAAAUGGCAGAGGUAAACAUCUCAAUCAACUACGUGGACCUCAGUCUAUCGUACUAGAUCAAGAGGGAACAAUGUAUAUAGGCGAUUAUGGUCGAAUUAUGCGUUGGAUGAAAGGUGCACAGCAAGGACAAGUACUGAUAGGAGAUAGUAGUUUCAAUGGAUGGUUUCCACCAUCAAAUGCAUCGUCAAAUUAUAUAUCUAUUCCAACAAGUAUCAAUUUUGAUAGCAAAAAUAAUCUUUAUUUUGUCGAUACGCUAACAAGACGAAUCUUACAAUUGAAGUUAGAUAAUAGAAUGUGCACAACUGAUAUAAACAAUACGACACCGACUACAACCUUAGUUCCUAACGUAACAAUAAAUCAAAAUUAUUCCACGACGACUCCACAUGGCCCUCAGUGUUGGACAACAAAUGCAAUCUUCACGAUCGUGGCACAAAUUAAUGAUACACACUUAAAUUCUACUCAUGAUUUAACUAUUGAUGAAAAGGCCAAUACGUUCUAUCUAGCUGAUACUUAUCAAAAUCGUUUAUUAGAAAUACAAAAUUUGGGAUCAUCUUCAUGGACAUCGAAACCUAUAUCUUUUGCCGUACCUAUAAGUCCUACAGCACUUUAUCUUUCCCGAAACGGUUGGCUAUAUAUUGCUGAUGAAACAACCAAAGAAAUAAAGAAAUAUCGUAUUGGAGGUCCACAAUAUUCAUUACAAGCGAUAGCUGGUGGAAACGGUUACGGGGUCGAAUCGAACCAAAUCGCCAACUGUUAUGGCCUUACUAUGAAUGAAGAAGCAAAUUAUCUCUACGUUAGUGAUCUCAAUAAUCAUCGCGUUAGCCGUUGGUCGUUAAAAACAUUAGGUGAAGUCGUUAUCGUAGCUGGAAAUUCAAGUUCUGGUAGUGGAUUGCAUCAAUUGUCGUCUCCUCGAGGUAUUCAUAUUGUUGGAGGUCAUCUGUUUAUUUCUGAUACCGACAAUAACCGAGUCGUACGAGUCAACCUAAAUAACGCGCAAAAUAAUAAUUCAGCUGGAUUACUACAAACAAGUAUCUAUCAAUAUAAUUUAAAACGUCCAACAUCGAUUACAAGUGAUCGAUAUGGCAGGAUCUUUUAUAUAGCAGAUCAAAGUCGCAUCUUGAAAUGGUGGUUCGAUCAAAAUUUGUUUGAAGUAUUAAUUGAUGAUACAAUAGCAGAUAUUGGUAAUGAAAUAUAUGGAUUAAGAUUAUCUGAAGAUGAACAUUAUUUAUAUGCAGUGGAUAAAUUGAAUCACCGAAUACUGAAAUUCAAUACUAUGAUUACAAAAUGCAGUAAGUAA